CUUGACCCGGUCGGGUAAGAAGUGAAAAACGAAAAUGCAAAGAAAGUGCAUGGCCCGGUCAGGCCCACUACCUCACCCGGUCGGGUGAGAAGUGACCGGGGACAACCCGGUGUGCAAAGAUCACCCGAACGUGAAGAAAAUCCAAUUUUUGCACUCACCCGGUCGGGUCCCCUACCCCACCCGGUCGGGUCUGACUUGACCCGGACACUUUAACAUGCUGAAGAUCGCCAGAACGUGGAGGAUAUUUGAUUUUGACAUGCACCCGGUCGGAUUACCGGUUGAGUAGAAUCAGUGUGGAUCCGGACCCUACUAUUCAGAUUGCUGGAAUUGAUAUCUCCAAGAGGGAACAACUCAUGAAUUUAUCUUUAAAGCCCAAAAGGGUUAAAGGAAGGGAAGCUGAAGUAAAUGUUCAACCUUGUACAGUUAAAGAGAAAGCUGAAGCUAACAAAAAGAAGGAAGGGAAAUCUAGCAUACUUGAUGCUUUUUUCAGGCUUGUGGAACUGGAAAGAGGGAGGAUCAGUAUUGAUGAUGGUGAUGUUUCAAGGUUAGGAUUGAGGGACUUCCAUAAGGUUGUUGGUAUUAUACCACAGUUGCUUAUUAUGUUCUCAAGCAGUGUUGGAUUCAUCCUUGAUCCAUUCAAUGAACACAAGGCUGCUGAUCUGUGGGUGGUUUUAGAGAGGGCACAUAUCAAAGAAAUGAUCAGGAUGAGCUCUUUGGGUCUGGAUACUGAGGAUUUUCUUCAAGAUAAAGUUCUGUAUGAUCUUUUAAGUGAGAAGCCUAAUUUAAGGGAGGGGUUGAAGGCGGAAGGGCAUGCAACACUAAGGGCGGCCAAGGGCCUUCAACCUAUGGGACUGACAGUGAAACUGGCUCCAGGAGUUUGGAUUGUCAUGCUCAACUGUUUGGAUGGACAGUCAGAUUUUCAAAUCUUUGGGAUGGAUAUCGUUUCAGCAUUGGUUGAUCAUUCCAACAAUAAACAGUACUUUGAGACCAUAAUUCAGGAUUUCAUACAAAACUGUUAUCAUCAAGGUGUUCUAUUCAUUGGAGAUGCAGAUUGUUAUGGUCGGAGUACUAAACGAGAUUCUGUGCAUGCAGCAGCUAUUGGUCACAUGGUGGAUGAUGGUGGUUUGUUAUUACUAAAGAUUCUUACUGAUGAGGUUGGUGAAGAAGGAUUAUGCAUAUGGAGUUGGCCUGGUGGCAAUGUGCCAAGUUCUUUGUUACCUUCCUUGGUUGCUGCUGUGAAGACUGAGACUUACAGUCCCGAAGCUGACUUUGUAUUCUCAAUUGGAGAUUCUGUAAGAGAUCAGAUAUGGGGCAGUGAAGGAGAUAACGAAAUUGGCCAAAAGGAUCACUAUGUUGACAAAGAGAUUGAGUGGAUACCAAAACGAAGAAAACUAUCCGAGCUGAAGUACUGGGAAGGCAGAGGAGCAAGGAUAAAACGUACUGGCAUGGCUAUUUCUUACUCAGAUACUUCCCACCUUGAGGACAAGGUGGUUGUCAAAGGGGGGAGUAAUGAUAGAGACCUAGACAGUACUAGUAACAAGAAUAAUAUUAGUCUUUUUAUAUUGUAGAACAAAAGGGGUUUAGGCCCUGAAUUUAAUAGUUUUGGGCUAGCCCAAAUGGAAAAGAAUAAAUAGGUGUUGGGGGAGUAGAAUAGGGGCAGGCAGAACUUGGAUCUGAACUGGGACUUGGGAGAGACCGAGGGCACUCUCGAAUUUGCCUUCAACUGUAUCGUUUCUUUUCACUUCUUCAAUUUCAGUGUUCAAUUUCAACAAUUCAUCGCCAUAUUUUCCUGUACUUAUCAUAAUCUUUCACAAUAUUUAAUAAGAUAAGAAUACAUUUGUAAUAAAUCAAUAAUUCUGAUAGCAAUCCCUAAACUUGUGCUGAUUGAAAUCUUGAUUAUUGCUUAUUUAUUUCUCUUAUUGAUAUCCG